AUGUCCACUCCUCCUACUGUUACUCAGAUUGACUCGCAGGUCGAGCGACAUGGCCUGAAAAAGAUUGCCAGCGGCAAAGUUCGCGAAAUCUACGAGAUUGAUCCUCAAAGCCUCCUCUUCGUCGCUACGGACCGCAUCUCCGCCUACGAUGUCAUCAUGAAGAACGGAGUGCCCCAAAAGGGUGCCCUUCUCACCCUGAUGACUGCCCACUGGUUCAACCUUCUCAAGGAAAAAAUCCCAGAUCUCAAGACUCACCUGUUGAGUGCUUCUGUGCCUGCCGAGGUGGCCUCGUCGCUUCCUGCUGAGGUUAGUGAGCAGUUGCGUUUGCGCACCAUGCAUGUUCGCCGUUUGAAGGUUUUGCCUUUGGAGAGCAUUGUUCGUGGAUACAUUACUGGGUCUGCGUGGUCAGAGUACAAGAAGACUGGCACCGUGCACGGUAUCGCCAUGCCUCAAGGUCUGCAAGAAAGUCAGAAGUUGGAAAAGCCACUCUGGACUCCCAGCACCAAGGCCGAGGUCGGUGACAAGGAUGAAAACAUUAGUCCUGAGCAAGCCACCAAGAUUGUUGGCGAAAAGUACGCAAGCAAGAUUGAGGAGUUGAGUCUCAAGGUCUACCAGAUUGUGAGUGUUUCUGUAGGAAGUUACAAUGAUAGCAAGCUAAUUAGUUUUUUUUUUUUGCAAAAANNGGCUAGGGAUUAUGCUGCCGAGCGCGGUAUCAUUAUUGCUGAUACCAAGUUCGAGUUUGGUCUUGAUGUCGAUACCGAUGAGGUUAUCCUUGUGGAUGAGGUCCUCACCCCUGACAGCUCGCGCUUCUGGCCUGCAGACAAGUAUGAGUUGGGCAAGUCACAGGACAGCUUUGACAAGGUACGAUUUUGGGAGACAAUGCACGGAAAGAGCAAGUUCACUGAUUAUAUGAAUAGNCAAUACCUGCGUGACUGGCUGACCAAGGAGGGCUUGAAGGGCAAGGACGGUGUCGAAAUGACCGAUGCCGUGGUCAAGGAGACGGCCAAGAAGUACCGCGAGGCCUUUGAGAUGUUGACUGGCCAGAAAUGGGAUGAGGUUGUCAAGAGCAGUGCUUAG